AUGCGCCCCUGUUUGACCCUGGCGGUACUGGCCAGCUCUGCUUUGGCACAGUUCACCACUCAGAUAUUCAAUUUCUCCAGCUAUGUCGACAUCGAAAAUAGCGUUCUCCGUCCUAAUGGCCAUCUCCUCCUCACCACCUUCGACCAAGGCCGCCUCUAUACUCUCGACCCUUCCCGUCACGCCCCACAAGCCCAGCUAGUGGCUGCCCUCCCUGUAGCCACUGCUCUCUGUGGAAUCACAGCCAUUGGCGCUGACAAGUUCGCCGUCGUAGGAGGGAUCAGAGGCUACUACAGUUACACCAACGAGACACUCUACACGGUCGAUUUCAGCGGGAACUCUGCAGAGCCUACCAUUCGGACCCUAGUCCAAAUUCCCAGUGCCGUGAUGCUCAACGGCAUGGCUGCGUUGCCCACACAGCCACACAUCGUCCUCAUCGCGGACUCGCGACUUGGAUGCUUGUUUCGCGUGGAUACAAGGACAGGGGUCUCGAGAAUAGCUUUCAAAAAUGAUUCUCUGGCCGCACCCUCAAAUGCAACGAUACCAAUUGGAAUCAAUGGAGUGAAAGUCGCUGGGGGCUACGUGUACUUCACAAACACUGCGCGGGGAACAUUCUCACGCAUGCCAGUUAGCGCCGAUGGGUCGAAGUUUGGCAAAAUUGAGGUUAUUGCUAACCUGGAUAUGGGCACAACGGAUGGCAACUGGGAUGAUUUCGCGGUGGAUGCAAAGGGCAUCGCGUACGUUGCACAGGCCGAAAAUUCGAUAGCGAGAAUCCAGUCGAGUGGCCAACGCACCAUUGUUGCCGGUGGAGGAAACAGCACUGCUCUCAUUGGCCCUACUUCGGUGCAGAUUGGGGGGAAUGGGAAGUUGUAUGUUACCACUCGUGGUGGGACCGUUGAUGGAGUUUCCUACAGUGGCCAGGUUGUUGAGGUGCAGCUACUUGAGCACGAGUAA